GGGUGAGGGCUGAGCUCCCUGGCUGGUGUCUCAGAGCCAAGAGAGGUCUGCUGGGAGUGGGCAGCUCUGAGCUCAACCCUAGGCUCUGAGAGGCCACCCUCUGCUCCCCGCUUCCCCACGCUACCCACCUCCUGUCACCUCUUACAGGCUUUGUCCCAGGAGAGGAAGACGCCCAGGGGCACGGAACACCCCCAGCCAGAGCAGGAUGCCUGGGGUGACCCAGUCCCGGCUGGCCUGGUACCUAGAGGUGAUGAGGGACGAAGACCUGGAGGAGUUUCAGCUUCAGCUGCCUUAUAAGGAACCAUACACGCCCUGUCCCAGUGCAACCCUGGCUCAACCCCAGGAGACAAGAGGCAUGGAGGUGGCCUCACGCCUGGUGGCCCAGUAUGGGGAACAGCAGGCCUGGGACCUGGCCCUCCACACCUGGGAGCAGAUGGGCCUGAGCGGGCUCUGCACCCAGGCCCGGGCAGAGGCAGCCUUGAUGCCAGAAGCCCAGUCUCCUUCAUUUCUCUACUCCCCGAGUACACCCAACCUGGAAGGCCCCAGCCAGCCCACCUCUGCCAUGAUGCAGAGGUUCCAGGGCCUGGAUCACCCAGGGCUCAUCCAGGACUCAGACAUAAGGAAUUUGGGAUACAUGAGUGACACAUCUGCACACAGCUGGAAAGAAAACCCUUUCUCAUUCAUCUGCCAAGUUUGUCCAACACCCCCAGACCAUGAAUCGCCAAGCCAAGAGUUACCCCAAUCCCCUAUAUCCACAGUGGUUCAGGGGGUCUGGGAGUCCCCACUUCAGCACAGCCCAGAACCCAGAAAAAAAGAGGCUCCUGAGAGUAGGUGGCCUCUGGCUGGAACAUCUGGAAACCACUGCACAGAAAUCAGAGAUAGAUACCAGCACCAGAGGAGAGAGAGGUCCUGCUCUACACAGUCGUGGAAAAAUGAUGAUUUGCACCAAAACUUCACACAGCUGCUACUUCUACACAUAUCUCACCCCAGAGACCACAAGUCCCUGGUCAAAAGAAGCUGGCACCAUGGAAUGAUGGAGAAGCAAGGGCGUUUGAUUGAGAUUGGAGACUUAUUUGGCCCAGCCCUGGGUAACCAGGAAGAGCCUCAUGUGGUCGUACUGCAUGGGGUUGCUGGAAUUGGGAAGUCAACACUGGCCAGACAGGUAAAAGGAGCCUGGGAAGAAGGUCGGCUAUACAGGGACCGCUUCCAGUGUGUCUUCUACUUCAGCUGCAGGGAGCUGGCCCAGUCUAAGGCAAUGAGUCUCACUGAGCUCAUCACAAAAGACUGCGCUGCCCCCGAGGCUCGCAUUAGACAGAUCCUGUCUCAGCCAGAGCAGCUGCUCUUCAUCCUCGAUGAUUUGGAUGAGCCAAAAUGGGUCUUGGAGGAGCAGAAGUCCGAGCUCUGUUUGCACUGGAGCCAGCAACAGCCAGUACACAGACUGCUGGGAAGUUUGUUGCAGAAAACCAUACUUCCAGAGGCAUCCUUGCUGAUCACAGCUCGGACCACGGCUCUCUGGAAGCUCAUUCCUUCUUUGGAGCAGCCACAAUGGGUGGAGGUCCUAGGAUUCUCCGAGUCUGGCAGGAAGGAAUAUUUCUACAAAUAUUUCAAGGAGGAAAGUCAAGCAAUCAGAGCCUUUAGCUUGGUUGACUCAAACCCAGCCAUCUUGACCAUGUGUCUCAUGCCGUUCGUGUGCUGGCUGGUCUGCACUUGCCUGAAGCGGCAGAUGGAGAGGAGAGAAGAUCUCUCACUGAUGUCCCAGACCGCCACAGCCCUCUGUCUGCACUACCUCUCCCAGGCACUCCCAGCUCAGUCCCCUAGAACCCAGCUGAGGGGCUUCUGCUCUCUGGCUGCUGAGGGCAUCUGGCAAGGGAAGAGCCUGUUCAGUCUGGAGGACCUCAGGAAGCACGGGUUACAUGGGGCCAAUAGCUCCACUCUCCUGGAGAUGGGUAUUCUUCAAAAGCACCCCACUUCUCUGAGCUACAGCUUCAUUCACCUGUGUCUCCAGGAGUUCUUUGCAGCAAUGUCCUGUGUGUUGGGGGAGGAGGGGCAGGAGAGCGAUCAUCCUAACAGCAUCAGAGGUGUGGAAAAGUUGCUAGAAAUAUGUGGGAGACGUGACCUGUUUGGGGCACCAACCACGUGUUUCCUGUUUGGCCUUUUGAGUGAGCAGGGGGUGCAAGAGAUGGAGAACAUCUUCAACUGCCAGCUGUCUCGGGAGAGGAAGUGGGAGCUGCUGCGGUGGGCAGAGGCAGAGGCCCAGCACGAGCCCUCCUCCUGGCAGCCCUACUAUCCACAGCUGCUCCAUUGCUUGUAUGAGAUUCAGGACAAGGAGUUCCUGACACGAGCAAUGGCCCAUUUCCAAGGUGCAAAGAUGUAUGUCCAAACCAGCAUGGAGCUCCUGGUGUUCACUUUCUGCAUUAAAUUCUGCUGCCAUGUGAAGAGGCUUCAACUGAAUGAGGGUGGACAGCAUGCACAAGUGUGGAGGCCCCCAAGUGUAGUUCUGUUCAGCUGGGUCCCCAUCACAGAUGCCUGCUGGAAGGUUCUCUUCUCCACUCUCCAGGUCACUGGGAACCUUCAGGAGCUGGACCUGAGUGGAAAUUUCCUGAACUACUGUGUAGUACAGAGUCUUUGUGAAGCCCUGAGAUACCCUCACUGCCACCUGGAGACACUGAGGUUGGCCAGCUGUGGCCUCACGGCUGAAGGCUGCAAAGACCUCGCAUCUGGGCUGGGUGCCAGCCAGACCCUGACCAAGCUGGAGCUGAGCUUCAACAUGCUCACAGAUGCUGGCGUCAAGCACCUCUGCAUGGAGCUGAGGAAGCCGGGCUGCAAGCUCCAGCAGCUGCUGCUGGUCAGCUGCUGCCUCACAUCCAGCUGCUGCCAGGACCUGGCCUCUGUGCUCAGCGCCAGCCCCAGCCUGACAGAGCUGGACCUGCAGCAGAAUGACCUGGGCGAUCUCGGUGCGAGGCUGCUCUGCCAAGGGCUCAGGGACCCUGCCUGUCAACUCACGCUCCUGCAGCUGGACCAGACCCAGCUGAGUGAGGAGGUGACAGAGAUGCUGAGGGCCCUGGAGGAGGAGAAGCCUCGACUGCUCAUCUCCAACAGAUGGCAAACAAGUGCCCCUGAAGAGGACCCAGAUGGAGAAGAGAAGAGUGACGUGUCUUCACUCAAGCGGCAGAGACUAAAAUCAGGAGCAGAGACGGAGGCUGCAGACACCACCCUGGCAAGAGCCUCCCAUGGCCCAGCGUUGGGGCCCAAGGAGGCCCAGCAGGAACAGCCAGAACUGACCUCUGCCCUGCCAGUUCCAGAGGGAAGCUCCCCUCAAGUAGCACAGGUGGAACCCUACUGCCUGUCGUCUCUUGCGCCUCCUGGGGACCCACACAUGGAGCCUCUGGGGACUGAAGAUGACCUCUGGGGCCCCAUGGGACCUGUGGCUACCGAAGUGGCUGACAAAGAGAGAAGCCUGUACCAAGUGCACUUCCCUGUGGCCGGCGCCUACCACUGGCCCAACACAGGUCUCCAUUUUGUGGCAAAAGGGCCAGUGACCGUCGUGAUUGAAUUCUGUGCCUGGGACCAGUUUCUGGACAGAUCUGCCUCACAGAACAGCUGGGUGCCUGCAGGGCCUCUUUUUGACAUCAAGGCCGAGCCAGGAGCCCUGGUGGCUGUGUACCUCCCUCACUUUGUGUCCCUCCAAGGAAGCCAUGUGGACAUCAGCCUGUUCCAAGUGGCCCACUUUAAAGAGGAGGGGAUGCUCCUGGAGAAGCCAGCAAGGGUGGAGCCCUGUUACAUAGUCCUGGAAAACCCCAGCUUCUCCCCGAUGGGCGUUGUACUGAGAGUGAUCCAUGCUGCCCUGCGCUUCAUCCCCAUCACUGCCACCGUGCUGCUCUACCAUCACCUCCAUCCUCAGGAAGUCACCUUCCACCUCUACCUGAUUCCCAGUGACUGCUCCAUUCGGAAGGCCAUAGAUGAUGAAGAAAAGAAAUUCCAGUUCGUGCGAAUACACAAGCCACCCCCACUGACCUCCUUCUACAUGGGCUCCCGUUACACUGUGUCUGGUUCAGAGAAACUGGAAAUAAUCCCCAAGGAACUAGAGCUCUGCUAUCGGAGUCCUGGAGAAUCCCAGCUCUUCUCUGAGUUCUAUGUUGACCAGUUGGCGUCAGGGAUCAGGUUGCAAAUAAGAGACAAGAAAAAUGGGGCUGUGGUAUGGGAAGCCUUGGUGAGACCAGGAGAUCUCAGACCGGCAGCCACUCUGGUCCCUCCAGCCCUAAUAGAUGCCCCGGCCUUGCUGCACUUCGUGGACAAGUAUCGGGAGCAGCUGGUGGCUCGAGUGACAUCGGUGGACCCUGUCCUGGACAAGCUACAUGGACAAGUGCUGAGCGAGGAGCAGUAUGAGAGGGUGCGGGCUGAGGCCACAAAGCCAGGCCAGAUGCGCACCCUGUUCAGCUUCAGCAGGUCCUGGAACAGGGCCUGUAAAGAUCAACUCUAUCGAGCCCUGAGGGAGACCCAUCCCCACCUAAUUGUGGAGCUCUGGGAGAAGUGGAGUGGUGGAGACUGGGGCGCUCCUGACAAGCCUGGCAGCUGAAGUCUGAACACCUUCUUGUGAGUCCUGGCUCUGCCUGACUGUUCUUCGGGUCUCCAUUUCUUCAUCUAUAAACAAGCUGCCGUCAGUUGCCUCCUGGCUGUAAGGUUACAGGACUCAAAUGAUGCCUCCUGGCUUCCACAGGCCACCUGUCUAGGUGGGAUGAUGGCCGCUCAGGGAAUAUCCACCUCAGCCAGCAGGACUUCUGCAGACCUUGUAGAAGCCUGACCCAAGAGCCUAGUCUGGUGACCACAGCAGCUAAGCCUAGAGCCCGCCCUGUGCCAGGCAGAUGCAAGGAGGGGUAGGGGACGCUGGCCACCUCUGGCUGGAGACCAUGGAAACGGACACCUUGGGGGUUUUGAAUGGCUUGUGAAUGGUGGCAAGAACAGAUCUGUUUUUCACUUG